CCCCUCCCUCUCUCUCUCUCUCCCUCUUUCUCUCUCUCUUCUCUCUUUCUAUAUAAGGGCUUCUGCAGAGAAGCUAAAAGCAAAGGCGAAGAGAAAUGGAAGCCAUUCUUUUCACAACAGUUUUGCUUCUUGCGUGUCAUGUCCUUCUUGCGGAGGCGGCCGGGCCGUCGGUCAUCGUCGUCGGAGCCGGAUUCUCUGGGAUAAGUGCGGCGAAGACGUUGUCGGACGCCGGAAUAACCAACAUCGUCAUUCUGGAGGCGACGAACCGCAUCGGCGGCCGGAUCUGUAAGGUGGCGUUCGCCGGAAUCAACGUGGAGAAAGGAGCAAACUGGGUGGAGGGAGUAAACGGCAACGAGCUCAACCCCAUCUGGACCUUUUCAAACCAGCUUGGCCUGAGAAAAUUCCGUUCUGAUUAUUCGAACUUGUCCUCCAAUACUUACAAGGAAGAAGGUGGGCUGCAUGGGGCGGCGAAGAUACAGUCGGUGAUCGACACCGCCGACGAGGUUUACGACGCCGGCGAGAAGUACUCCAAGUCUUUAUCGAACAGUGGGUUGGGAGAUAUAUCCAUCCUUGCAUCCCAGCGCCUUCAGAAUCAUGCGCCGUCGUCUCCGGCUGAGAUGGUGGUGGACUACUACAACUUCGAUUAUGAGUUCGCCGAGCCGCCACGUGUCACGAGCUUACAGAACACAGUGCCCUUACCCACAUUUGCUAAUUUUGGUGAAGAUGUAUACUUUGUGGCAGACCAAAGAGGUUAUGAGACUGUGGUUCACAAUGUGGCUAAUCAGUUUCUCAAGACCUCCAAAGAUGGGACCAUAGUAGAUCCCAGGCUUAUUCUCAACAAGGUGGUGAGAGUAAUAGAACAUUCACCUGGAGGAGUGACUGUCAAAACAGAAGAUGGCGCGGUCUAUAAAGCAGAUUAUGUGAUAGUUUCUGUCAGCCUCGGUGUGCUUCAGUCCAAGCUUAUAGAAUUUGUGCCAAGGCUUCCUGAAUGGAAGAUCCUUGCAAUAUAUGAAUUUGACAUGGCCAUUUACACAAAAAUCUUCAUCAAGUUUCCCUAUUCAUUUUGGCCCACUGGAAAUGGAACACAGUUCUUCUUAUAUGCAAGUGAAAGACGUGGAUAUUACUCGAUUUGGCAGCAUUUCGAGAGAGAGUAUCCUGGAGCGCAUGUUCUACUCGUAACGGUUACUGACGAUGAGUCGAGGAGGAUCGAACAACAGCCAGAUUCGACGACCAAAGCAGAAGCUAUGGAGGUGUUGAGGGCAAUGUUUGGGAAGAACAUACCAGAGGCAACUGAUAUUUUUGUACCGAGGUGGUGGUCAGAUAGGUUGUACAAAGGCACAUUCUCAAACUGGCCAAUUGGUGUUAACAGAUAUGAAUAUGAUCAAAUCAGGGCACCUGUUGGAAGGAUUUACUUCACUGGAGAACAUACAAGUGAGCACUAUAAUGGCUAUGUUCAUGGCGCUUAUUUGGCAGGGAUCGAUUCAGCCAACAUAUUGAUCAGGUGCGUCAAGACUGGAGACUGCAAGUACAUUGUGAAGGCAAAGGAUGCAGAUGAUUAGUUAACAAGGUUGAAAUUAAGCUUAGUACUGGUGGUAGUCAAGUAAUGAGAGCAAUAAGGAGCAGAAGUUUCUGUCCCAGAGUUUGAUUGGCUGAUAGAGUUUGUGUGCUGUUUUUUGUAUUCAGAAGCAAGCUUUUCAUUUUGCUUACUUUUGGAGCAAUUAACAGAAUGUAGGAGUUAUGCUGAGUUUGUUUAGUAAUCUUUGUAUUAGAAUUAUUAAGCUAAGUAUUUGAGAUUCCAAUGCACCUAUUUCAUCCUUUUGUAAGUUUUGUAGCAUUAAGUGUAUGUAGUUUGGAAGUGCGUAUUCCUCAUUAAAUAUUAUUUUCCUUCAAUUGUAGGUUUAA